AUGUCGGACGGGACAUCCCCUUCGCCCGCGCAUCUGGAAACCCCUCACAAGGGCACUGGGAUGGAGGACCCCGGGGCGGAGGACAACAAUGACUCGAGCAGCGACGAGGACCACUUCUCAGAUGCCAGCGAAGGCAACUUCAAUAAAUCACGCCCACAAUCCAGCCUCGCUUCCCCUGUCCCGCGAACUCGAGUAGAACGAGUCGACGAUGAUGCCCAACACGGCGAGGUCCCCGGAACGGAGGCAUACGAGAAACGGGGACAGGAUGCAGUUCCGGACGAGCUCGAAGUCGUUCCUGAAGGCUCAUCCAGCAGAAAUCGGUCACCGGCGGGGUCGCCCGACAGGCCCUUGACCCCGGGGGAUUCGCCUAUUCCGCGAACCAUGAUCGAAAAGGUUGACCCAGAUGAGCCAAGCUACGGUGAAGUACCUGGCACAGAGGGAUAUGAGAAGCAUCGCGCGGAUGCUGUGCCAGAUGUUGUGACAACGAUCCCCGAACCUGGCAGCCACCAAUCCCCAACAUCGCCUAGUCACGAUGAUGCCGCAAGCCCACCGAUUCCCGAAACACACUUGUCACGAGUGGACACUAUGCCCACCGAGGAAGAGCUCCCAUCACGACCGCAGGCUCACCACCAAAGAUCCCCCAGCGAUGCCCAGCCGGAUAGGGUAGAAACAGUCCCAGACGUCCCAGAUUCACAAGCCUUAUCAACGGGUACCACACUGCCGAGUCGCGGACGACGAAAGUCGUCAGUGAGGAGCAACGCGGUUGGAGACGAUGGAGCCGCCGACGAUUUUGAUGACUUCGUAGAGGAGCAGGAUGACAUGGGAGAUGAUGACUUUGGAGACUUCGACGACGGUUUCCAAGAGCCCAGCGUGGCGGAGGGCAACAUAACGCCCCAAGCACCUCGCACGCCCCCUUCGGUUCCUCCUCUUACAGAGCUCGCCGACUUCAAAUCCACCUCCGAACUCCUCAAUUCUCUGACCAGCACUCUCGACAGCCUCUUCCCCGCCUCCCAAGACCUCAGCUCUCUGCCGCCAGUUGAACCAAUCCCCGACUCCGCCGCCAUCUUCAGCACCGAACGGUCACUUUCACUAUGGUCGCAACUCGUAGCGCCCCCGCCUCUACAGCCGCAGAACUGGGUCAAAUCCCGCAUCCGCCGACUCUUCCUAGUCUCAUUAGGCGUCCCAGUCGACCUAGACGAGAUCCUCCCCGCCUCCAAACAGAAAAAGCUCGUUCUCCCAUCCAUCGAUCUGGACGGACGAUCCCGCAGUCGUGCUCGCAAAGAAGGGGAAACUUCCCCAACCGACACCGACAGCCCGAGGACGUCAACGGGGCAAGCCGGUGCCGGUGCUCGGCAGAAAACAUCCCGUCGCCGUGCACCUACUCCCCCGCCAGAUUUGGAUCUGUCGGCUGUGGGCCGCUUGUGCGCUACUACCGAUGCUGCGCUGGGCGGUUUGACUGAUCAAGAGCUGAAGCUUCAUAUCAGUGAGCUGGAGCAGCUCACGCAGCGGGCCAGCGCUGUGCUCGAGUUCUGGCUGAAGCGCAGGGAUGGCCUGGUGGGUGAAAAGGAGGCUUUUGAGGGCGUCAUUGAGAACCUUGUCAGCCACGUUCGGCGCGUGCGGAAGUAG